UCUCGGAUUAUAAAAUACAGGUGGACGAUGGAAAACAACCGAACAAGAGGAAAAGGGAAAGGCAAAGCAAAAACAGAGGAGAGAAGACUAGGAAAUCGUCGAAUUCUUGGAGAUAUUGGUAACCUUGAAGGGCUUAAAACUACUGAUGGCAAGCACAUUUCACGGCCUAUCACAAGGAACCUUUAUGCAAAACUUUUGGCAAAUUCACAAUCUACUGCCAACUUUGUUCAACUUGAAUUAGACAGUACAGCAAGUGUUCACAAGAAGCAUGACUUAGAGGAAAGCGGUGAGCACGAUAAUGAAAGAAAGUUUAAGAAAAGAUCUUGUAGGAAAGUCAUGACUUUAACUGCAGAAAUUACUGCACAGAGCAAGGCUGCUAGAGAAGUCUUGUCUAAGCCUGAUGAACAGCAUGUUGACAUCAAUGCAGACAAUGGUAAUAUUGAUUUGGCAGUGGCUGAGUACCUUGAUGAUUUAUACAUAUUCUAUAAGCUAACAGAAGAUGAGAGCCGAAUUUCAGAUUACAUGAACUCACAGAAUGAAAUCAAUGAGAAGAUGAGGUCCAUUACCGUGGACUGGCUCAUUGAUGUGCACUGGAGAUUUAACCUAAUGCCUGAGACACUCUAUCUUACCAUAAACAUAAUCGAUCGAUACCUCUCGUUGACAGUUAUACCAAAAGCAGAAUUACAGUUGGUGGGCAUUUGCUCAAUGCUCCUAGCUUGCAAAUAUGAAGAGAUAGUAACUCCUAAGGUUAAGGUCUUUGCUAAACUAACAGAUGAUGCUUACACCAACAAACAGAUAGUGGACAUGGAAAAUGCAAUCCUUGAAAAGUUAGAAUGGUAUCUAACAGUUCCCACACCCUACAUGUUUUUAGAUCAAUUCAUCAGAGUUCCUGAGCAGCCAGAUAUUGAGCUGAAGAACAUGGUUUUUUUCCUGGCUGAACUUGGUCUUAUGCACUAUCAAAUUGUUCUGCACUGCCCCUCAUUGAUAGCUGCAGCAACAGUCCUUGCUGCACGUUAUGCACUCAAUCGGAAUCCAUUCUGGACUGAAAUACUAAAACUCAGGACUGGCUAUGUUGCAGAACAGAUAAUGGAAUGUUCAAAGAUGUUAAUCAGAUUUCAGUCAAGUGCUGCGGAUUCUAAAUUGGAUACCGUGAUCCAAAAAUUCUCAAGUCCAGAGAGAGGAGCUGUUGCACUUUUACCUCCGCCAGAUCCCAAACACCAAGUCAAUAACCUCACCUGA